GAACCGAUUAAAACUAUUUGGAAAAGAAUAUUGAGAAAAAACAAACCUUUGGAUCAUAAAGAUGUUAAAAUGUUUAUUAGUUCUGCAUUAGUAGCAUCUGAUAAUAAGACAGGUUAUGAAGUAGAAGAAAUUGUAACUGAAUUAGGUGAUCCUGAUAGUGGUGUCAAGAAAUUGAGAGAAAUUAUGAACUUUCCUUCAAUGUCAUGUGAUGCGGGUUUUGAUAAUGGUGUGUUAUCUUUUCAACAUGUUAUAUUACCUUUAUUGGGUUUAUUCACUAGAACAGCUAUCACGGAAUGUAUUUUGGAAAAAUAUGUUCUUGCAAUUUAUACUGUCGUCUAUGAAAAUCUGGACUCAUUUUUCUAUAAUAAUGUAAUGAAAAUGUUGGAAACGUUGGUACAACGUAAUAGUGUUUGUGAUUCUCGUGUUAGCGAAGAUGUAUUAUUGUUGCGUGAACGAUAUACAUUUAUCCCGUCUUCUUUAGGAAUAUUUUUCUUGGUAAUCGUACGACUUCUUACAGAAUUAUUACGUCGUAUCAGUGAUUCAUCAAUUAAUGAGAUGAUGCAUAAUAUUGCAAAUGAUUUAUAUCGAUUAAAGAUUAUGUAUCAAGAAUCGAUUGAACAACAACAAUUUGCUCUAACAGAUCCAUUAACUAGUAAUUUAGAAAAUAGAAAAUUUUUUUUCAUGAUAUUAGAAAAAGAGAUGAAAAUUAUGGAUAAAAUGUUAAAUAAUGGACGUAAUAAUUUAAUGUUUGAUCAAAAUCCUGAAGCAAAAAAAAUAAAUGUAAAAUUAGAUCAAUUAUAUUAUAAAGAAUUAGCUAGAAGAGUUGAUGCUGAAAGAACUUAUGAUCCACCUGGUGAAUUAUCAAAUUAUGGUAAAAGACAUGAUAAUGAUUUUUCAGAAAUUUCAAAAAUUUCAAUUAUUCCUACAAAUGAAGAAAUUUUAUGUGAUCGUUCACCUUUUUUACCUACUUCACAUCGUUAUUCAUUACAUUUUUUACCUGAUGGAGCUAAUAGAUUACUUGAUACACAAUUUCGUCUUUUAAGAGAAGAUUUAUUAAAUCCAAUUCGUGGUGGUUUAUCAAAUUUAUUAACUGCUUUAUUACAAGAACAUUCUUCUUCUAAUGAUAAUAAUGAUAUUAAAUUAUCAAAAGAAUUAAAAAAAAUACAAAAUUUGGGUGGUAGAUUUUCUUAUAAUGAUGGUACGAAUGAAAAUAGUGAUUUACAAGUAUAUACUAAUAUACGAUUUGUUAAAAUUACUUGUGAUAAAAGAAAAGGUUUUGCUUGUACUAUAAAAUUUACUCCUCCAAAAAUUAGUGCAAAAAAUGCAAGAGGUAGAAAAGAAUUUUGGGAAAGAAGUAAAAGAUUAUUAAAUGGUAGUUUAGUUGCUGUUAUAUUAUCAAAUCCAAAUCCUCAAAAAAAGAAUUCAAAUAAUAAUUCUUCUAUAAGUAAUUCUGAUUUAUAUUUACUUUAUUUUGGUGUAGUAGUAACAAGAGAUGAAAAGGCAUUAUCAAAAGAUGAAAAUUUUGCGGAAAUUGAUGUUAAUUUUAUUGAUCCAUCAAUUUAUUCUAUCGCUUUAAAUGAGAUCUCAAAUUUUGAUAAAACUAAUAAAAAAACAUCAAAAAAUAGAUUUAUGGUAGAAUCAACUGGCGUUUAUUUAGAAUCUUAUUAUCAUAUUCUUAAAACUUUUCAAACUACAAAUCCUUCUUCGUUACCUUUUGAAAAAUAUUUGGCUCCUAAUUUUAAUGAUUUGAAUGUUAAUAAUGGUGAUUAUAUAAAAGGAAAAAUGAGAGAUGAAAUGAGGGAAGAAAUGAAGAAAGAAAUGAGCAAUGUUUAUGAUGUAAAAGUUGAAAAUCCUUUGUACACUAGAGCACCAGGAUUUCAAUUUGAUUUAUCAAUUUUAUGUAAAAAUCAAUAUAAUUUACAAUUAAAUGUUGCUGAUGAGAGUACUCAUGAUGAAGUGAUAAAAAAUAUCGUUAAAUAUAGUAAUAUCGGUAAAUUACCAGAUGGAUCUCCUUAUGGAUUAGACGAAACUCAAGCCAAGGCGUUGAUAUCUUCUCUAACUCGUGAAAUUGCAUUAGUUGAGGGACCACCUGGUACGGGUAAAACUGUAGCUGGCGUUCAAAUAAUGAAAGUAUUAUUAGCCAAAGAAAAUCGAAAAACAAAUAUUGGUCCAAUUCUAACCAUUUGUUUUACUAAUCACGCUCUUGAUCAAUUCUUGGAGCAUUUACUUGAUGAAAAUAUAACGAACAUAGUAAGAUUAGGAUCUCGAUCUAAAUCAGAAAGGAUCAAAAAAUAUAGUUUAGAUGAAGUUUGUAGGGAUCGUGCUCGUACUAGAAAAGAAUCUUAUUUAUUAGCAAAAUUAUAUGAAGAGAUUGAAAAGAUAGAAAAUGAUGCUGAAAAAAUAAAUCAAUUUUUAAUUAAAAAAUCGAUGAAAUGGUAUGAAAUAAGUGAUUAUUUAAAGAAAAAUAAAAAGGAAUUUUUUAUCAAGUUCAAUAAAGUAUCUGAACAAGAUUUACCAAGUUGGGUUUUAAAUAUUAAUGAAGAAGGAGGAGGAGGAGGAGGGUUUCAAACUUCUAAAAAAAAUAAGAAAAAUAAAAAAUAUCCAUUUGAAGAAUGGAUAAAAGGAGUAGAUAUUACAACAAUUAAUAAAAGAAAAAAAUUUUUAUUAAAUCCUCCAAAAAGUAAUAAGAAAAAAGAUAAGAUAGGAAAAAAUCAAAAUAGUUUUGAAUUAUUAAAAAAUGAAGAGAUCAAAAAUGAAGUGGGUACAAGUGAUGAAUCACAAAUUGAUAAUGAUAUGAUAAAUUGGAUUAAAAAUUAUAAUGAACCAAAAACAAAUCGACCUUUGAAAGAAUUAUUAAAUGAUCAAUCAAUUUGGAGAAUGUCAGUAGUAGAAAGAAAAAAACUUCAUGAUCAUUGGCGUACAAAUAUUUAUAAAGGAAAUGUUGGAAAAUUAUCAAAAUUACAAAAAAAGCAUGAAGAAAAACGUAAAGAAGUAAAUGAUAUUUAUGAUGAAGGACGUCGUCAAGUAUUAUUAAGUAGUGAUGUAAUUGGUAUGACGACAAAUGGUGCAGCUAAAUUUCAAAAUUUAAUUAGAUCGAUUGGUCCUAGAAUUAUCAUUUGUGAAGAAGCGGGAGAAGUAUUAGAAGCUCACAUUAUUUGUGCGUUAACUCGAUUAACUCAGCAUUUGAUAUUGAUCGGUGAUCACAAUCAACUUCGUCCUCACAUUGCAACGUAUUCUCUUAGUAUGGAUUCAACAACAGGAAAGAAUUAUCAAUUGGAUAAAUCAUUAUUUGAAAGAUUAGUUUAUGGUGAUAAAGCAGUUAAAAUUGAGAAAUCUCAACUUUUAACUCAGAGACGUAUGAGAAGUGAAGUUUCUGAUUUAAUUAGAUAUACACUUUAUCCAAAUUUAAUUGAUGGUGACAAUACUACAAAAUAUGAGAAUGUACGUGGAGCUCAACACAACGUUUAUUUUAUCGAUCAUAGAAAUCCAGAAGAUAGUUCAGGUGGAGAGUAUGCAAUAAAAUCACAUGUAAACAGAUACGAGGUUAAUAUGGUUGUUGAGAUGGUAAAAUAUUUCGUUAGGAAUGGAUAUACCAAACCCGAUGAUAUAGCCGUAAUUACUCCUUAUUUAGGACAAAUGAUUAAAAUUAGAGAUGCUUUAGCUAAAUCAUUUGUUGUUGUUAUUGAUGAGAGAGAUGAACAGAAUAUUACUGAAAUGGAAGAACAACAAGAACAAGAAGGUGGAGCGAACAAUAAUGAUAAUAUAAGCGUUGCAUCAAAAAAAUCAUUAAAUCAACAAGUUACUUUAAGAACUGUUGAUAAUUUCCAAGGUGAAGAAGCAAAUAUUAUCAUCGUUUCAUUAGUUCGUAAUUUUUCCAAAUUACCAAGUGGGCAUGAUUCAAUUGGAUUUCUCAAAAGUACUAAUAGAAGUAACGUAUUAUUGUCACGUGCUCGUAAAGGAAUGUAUCUCAUUGGUAAUUCUGACUUAAUGGCAAUGAAAUCUAAAAUGUGGGCUCCGGUAAUUAGUAUUUUACAUGAACGUAAUCAAGUUGGUUUUGGUAUGCCAAUUGUAUGCAACAACCAUCCAGAUUACAAGAAUAUUAUCGUUGAGCCUGAUCAAUUUGAAAAAGUUAGUCCAGAUGGUGGAUGUAAUAAAAAUUGUAAUGCGUUACUUCCCUGCGGACACAAAUGUAAAUUUAAAUGUCAUAUAAAUAAUCCUGAACAUUUUGGAAUCAGAUGUGAUGAACAUUGUUUGAAAAUAAAUCCAGAAUGUAAUCAUCAAUGUCAAAAGCUUUGUUUUGAAAAUUGUGGAGAUUGUGAAAUUCUUGUUGAUGAUAUCAUAUUACCUGGUUGUGGUCAUGAAUUAAAAAAUGCUAAAUGUUGGCAAGAUCGAACUAAAGAUUCAAUUAAAUGUAAAACUAAUGUUCCUAAAAAAUUAUUACAUUGUGAACACUAUAAAAAUAUUUACUGCUCUGAGCCUGUUAGUUCUAAUGAAAAAUGUAUAGAAAAAUGCAGAAAACAAUUGGAAUGUGGUCAUGAGUGUUUAAGCCCCAUUGAACGAACACAACAUGGAAAAUGUCAAACUGCUUGUGGCAAAUUUUUAUUUUGUGGACAUAAAUGUAAGAGCCAUUGUCAUAAAGGGAAAGAAUGUCCGCCAUGUAAAGAUAAUUGUACAGUGAUAUGUGAGCACACAUCAUGUAAUAAGCGUUGUUUAGAACCUUGUGCUGUAUGUGCAGAAAAUUGUUCAUGGGAAUGUGAACAUCAAGGAAGAUGUGAAUUAAGUUGUGGAGUUCCUUGUUAUAGAUUACCUUGUAAUGAAAGAUGUAAUAAAAUAUUAGAAUGUGGACAUAAUUGUGCUGGAGUUUGUGGUGAGAUUUGUCCUUCAAAAGAUUUUUGUGUCGAUUGUGCCUCUGAAGAAGUUAAAAAUCAAGUGUCAGAUAUAUUUUCCAAAAGUACGUUUAGUGUAAUAGAUUGGAAUGAAAAAAGAAUGAUUGUUCUUACUUGUAAACAUGUAUAUACUAUGGAAACUAUGGAUAUGCUUAUGGAAAUGGAAAAUUAUUAUGAAGGUUCAAUUGAAGAAGGAUGGACGUCAGUUAAAAUACUUCCAGCUUUACUAAUGAAUACAAAGACGUGUCCAACAUGUGGAACACCAAUUAAAAAUGUCAAGAGAUAUGGAAGAAUUAUUAAUAAAUAUACAUUAGAUAUGCAAAAUAAAAAGUUCUUAUUAAAAUAUGACUCCAAAUUAAAAGAAAUUAUAAUGCAAAUUAUUACUCUUAGAGAUGAAAUGAUCGUUAGGAGAAAUGAAUUAAAAGAUGCUUUACCCAAAAACGAAUCAAGACCAAUGAAAGUUGUACUUGAAGUACGUAACAAAGCUGUAAACAAAAAAUUGCCUGAAAUCAUACCUCAUGCAUAUUUUGAGAGUAUUGGAAUGUAUCAUGGGUUUGAUAGAAAAAGCAAGAAAGCCUGGGUUGCUCAUGUUAAUAAAUUAUUAGUAAAUUAUCAGAAAUUAGUUUUAAUUAUUGAAGCUACAAAAUUUCCACCACAUAAAAAAGCCUUUGAUGUCACUGCUUCAAAUUUUUCCAUUUCUUCUGAAACUUUUCAAGAAAUGCUUUCACGAGUAGGAAUUUCAAUAGCAAAAGUUGAUCGAAGAAUUUAUUUAGAUGCAUUUUUUGAAAUUAUAAAUAUACAAAAAAUUUUACAUCGUGAAAUUUUAUUCAUAAUUCAAGAAUUGUCAAAAGAAUCAACACCCACUGCUUCGAUUAUCGAAAAUACCUUAAGUAUUAAAGAAGUUUGGAAGAAAUUUAUCGAAAGAUUACAAUUUUCUAUUUACGAUCAUUUAAAUACAAUAGGAGAAAUAGCAGAAUCUACUCAUUAUAGUAGACAUUUGCUUUUGGUUAAUGUUGAAAUAUUAGAAUUUGAUCUUAAAUUGCUUACAUAUAAGUUAAGAUUCCCAUCUAAUGAAAGUACCGAUUUUGAUGAUACUAAAGCACUUCAAGAAAGAAUUACAGAAAAAUGCAAAGAUAUUAAAAAACGUAUUAUAAAUAUAAUUGAAAGUCAAAGAUAUAAAAAUACUGAAGAGGAAUUUAAGAAUGAUAUUCACUCGAGACUAGUAAAUUUAGUAGAAAAUUGUAAUGAAAUUGAAAAUUGGGAUGUGAAUUUAACUGAUACUUUAAAUAUUGAAGAAAUAUUAGAAACUCAUCAAGCUAUAAAAACUGAAUUUAGAAGUUCAGGAUAUUGGUAUGAGUGCCCAAAUGGUCAUCCGUGUAUGAUUGAAGAUUAUGACGGAGCUAUGCAAAUGAAUAAAUGUCCUGAUUGUAAUGAGCAAAUUUGA